ACUAUGGAGGAACUCCAGAGAAAACUGAAUCAGCGCUAUGAAGGCACCAAGCCCAGGAAGGUGAGGUUCAAGCUGGCGUCAUCCUACAGCGGUCGGGUACUGAAACAUGUGUAUGAGGACGGUCAGGAGCUGGACAGUCCAGAGGAGAAAUAUCCUCACAGCUUUGUUCAUCGCAAGAUCCCACCCAGUCACCUGGAGAUGGAGCAGCUCUGUGGGUUUGAGGAUACUCGUGGAGAUCAACAAGAUGUCUGUCCUCCAACCGGGCUCAUUGCUCAGAGAAUAAACGUCUACAGAGGAGUGGGAGGCUACAAGCCGGCUGCAGACCAGACCGAGGGAGCUGAGGGAGACGGCACGUCAUCAGUUUUAGAUUUUGGCAAGAUAAUCAUCUACACCAGCAAUCUGCGCAUCAUCAGAGCCCCUCCGAGGAACCCUGAAACAUUACGGCACCACACAGUAGCUUCUGUGGAUUUAGAAGGAUACCCAAAGGCCAGAGAGAGGGGGAGCAGGAGGAGGGCUAAAGCUCUCUGUACAGAGGAUGGGGGAGAGAGGGAGGAGAAACAGAUCAGCAGCUCAGAGACUAAGGAGGCCGACAGCUGCCAGCAUUGUGGCGGCUCGGGCUGCGCUCCUUGCUCUCUAUGUCACGGCAGCAAGCUGUCCAUGCUGGCGAACCGCUUCAAUGAAUCCAUCAGUGAUCUACGUUGCCAAGCCUGCUACCCCCUUGGUCUGGAGAAGUGCCAGUCCUGCUCCAGCAAAUAG